UUCUGACUCAAACUCCCUAAUUCUCUUCCCGUCUCUUGUUCAUCAUGUCUGCGUAUAACAUCGUCGUUUUCGCUGGUGACCACUGCGGUCCCGAGGUCACUGCUGAGGCCAUCAAGGUCCUCCGCAUCAUCGAGAAGAAGCGUGACGAUAUCACCCUCAACCUCCAGGAUCAUCUGCUGGGCGGAGCAUCCAUUGACGCCACUGGCUCUCCCCUGACAGACGAGGCCCUGAACGCGGCCAAGAACGCCGAUGCCGUGCUCCUGGGAGCCAUCGGUGGCCCUAAAUGGGGUACAGGGGCCGUCCGGCCGGAGCAGGGUCUCCUGAAGCUCCGCAAGGAGAUGGGCACGUUCGGCAACCUGCGGCCGUGCAACUUCGCGGCGCCGUCGCUGGUGGACCACUCGCCGCUGAAGGCGGAGGUGUGCCGGGGCGUGGACUUCAACAUCAUCCGGGAGCUGACGGGCGGGAUCUACUUCGGGGAGCGCAAGGAGGACGACGGCAGCGGCUACGCGAUGGACACGGAGCCGUACUCGCGCGCCGAGAUCGAGCGCAUCACCCGCCUGGCCGCCCACCUGGCCCUCCAGCACAACCCGCCGCUGCCCGUUUGGAGCUUGGACAAGGCCAACGUACUGGCCACCAGCCGCCUGUGGCGCAAGACUGUCUCCGAGAUCAUGGCCAACGAGUUCCCCCAACUCAAGAUCGAGCACCAGCUCAUCGACUCUGCCGCCAUGAUCAUGGUCAAGAACCCCCGCCAGCUGAACGGCAUCAUCGUCACCAGCAACCUCUUCGGUGAUAUCAUCAGCGACGAGGCAAGUGUCAUCCCCGGCUCCUUGGGUCUCUUGCCUAGUGCUAGUCUCAGCGGUAUCCCCGAUGGAAAGAGCCGUGUCAACGGUAUCUACGAGCCCAUCCACGGCUCCGCCCCCGACAUUGCCGGAAAGGGCAUCGUCAACCCCGUCGCAGCCAUCCUCUCCGUCGCUAUGAUGAUGCAGUACUCCUUCGGCCGCUUCGACGAGGCCCGCGCCAUCGAGGCCGCCGUGCGCAACGUGAUCGAGUCUGGUCUCCGCACUGGCGAUAUCGGCGGUAAGGCUACCACCAGCGAGGUCGGAGAUGCCGUGGCCGCCGAGUUGGAGAAGUUGUUGUAAAGACCCAAACAUAAAAAAGUGUUUUUGUUCUCAGCUGAGCUUGCUGUGUUUGCUUUGGGGGCAGUGAUGCCGAAUGAGAUAUGACCAUAAUAAUACC